AUGGAAAUUAGUCCCUUCACAAUCGACGUGCCCGAAGAAGAAGUAGCUCGCCUCAAGAGAAAAUUGCAGGAUACCAGAGUGCCGACGCAUCCAAUUGUUCCUGGAGCAGGCGGAGACUACGGUCCACCAAUUCAAUGGUUCCACCGGCUAUACACCAAAUGGCUUCACGAUUUUGACUGGAGCACUGUGCAACAACAUCUCAAUCGGCAUCAGCACUGCAUAGGCGGAAUUGAAGACAAAGGCCGCACACUACGUGUUCAUUUCACGCACACGAAAUCGCCAAAAACCAACGCAGUACCCCUGAUACUGGUGCACGGCUGGCCCGGGUCAUUCCACGAAUUUGAUCGUGUCGUCGACUCCUUGGUCAAUCCACCCAACGCCACGGAUCCCGCUUUCCACGUCGUCGUGCCCAGUCUACCUGGUUUCUGCUGGUCCUCUGGUCCUCCAGUCCGUGGUUGGACCAUGCAGGAUACCGCACGAGUCUUCAACAAGCUCAUGAUCCAGCUUGGAUACUCAAGCUACGCAGUCCAGGCAGGUGACUGGGGCUCCUUCGUCGCACGAGAAAUGGGCUCCAAGUACCCUGCGUGCAAAGCCGUCCACCUCAACUUCUGCCCCGUUGCGUUCGGAGACGAUAUCACAGAUUUGACUGUCCGAGAGCAGAAAGUCAAGGAACGAUACAACGACUGGGAUGACAACCACCUCGGCUAUGCGGUGACCAUGCGCUCCCGACCACAUACCAUUGGUGUCGCACUGAACGACAACCCUGUCGGCAUCCUCGCAUGGGUAGGCGAGAAGUACGAGGAGGCCGUCGCUCCAGGGAAUCUCAACAAUGAUGACUGGGACCAGGCAAUCCUAGUGACUUGCUCGCUCUACUUUUUUAGUGGCUGCCUGAUGACUUCGCAGUUGCCGUACUUUGAGAACGUGAAACACGCGGGUUUUGGAGAGUACUUUCUGCGCGAAGAGAAUUAUAUCAAAGUGCCAUUCGGGUAUACUUCAUACCUUUACGAUACGAGGCCCGGCACUGAGCGGACGGUGAAGCCUACAGGUCGGAUGGUAUACUACAGAGAAGUUGAUGAUGGCGGGCAUUUUGCGGCACUCGAGCGGCCCGACGUCUUUGUCGAGGACUGUCGAGACUUCUUCGGCGAGUGGUAUAAGCCUUCUCUGAUCCAACAUUCACAGAGUCACAGUGGCCAGGUACACGGGGGAUUAGCACUAGGUCUAUGA